AUGAUUAUUCAUUAAAACUGGAGAUCCGAGAAAAUCUAACUUAUUAAAGAUGUUAUUAAAAAUAAAAAUGUUCUUCCACCCUACAUCUAAGGAAAAAUAUUGAAAUAGUUAGAUUUCUAAGUAAAAGCACUUGAAAAUAGAAGCAAUGAGUCACUUUCUCCAAAAAAGAAAAAUACAAAUUUGAAACCUCCACCGCUUACAAAAUAUGAUUCCAAAUUCGAAAGAAGCUAUAGUAUUGGAAAUCCUUUGGAAUAAGAAUGCAUUAAAUGCAAAAAGUUCAUAUUUUAAAAUGGUGCUGUGUUGCAAUGUACUAAAACUUAACAUCAUCUACACGAGAGAUGUAUCCUUUAGCAUUUAAAGGAAUCAUAUUUAAAUAAUCAACUUAAUUUUGUAUGUGUCUGUGGAAAGAAACUAAUUCCAGAAUAGAUAAAAACAAUCAAUAUUAAAGGAAUUGAGGACUUGGUUAAUUCAAUUUAUUCAAAAUAAUUAAAGGAGAUCUCAAAUUCAAUAUCUAUUGAAAAAUGUAGAAAUCCAUAAUGUGAUUUUUUUUGGAUAAAUGAUUUUAAAUUGUAAAAACUAAAAUAUCAUGGGAAGUAAUUGAAAACACAGUCCAAAAAAUAUUGUCCAUUUUGUUGA